UGUGCUGUCUGUUGCGUGCAGACGUUCUGCGGCGUGCGCGGUGAUUGUGGGAACACCCGCAGCCGCCAUGGAGAAGACUGCGGCCCAGAUCACGCUCGACGACAUACUGACCGUCUUCAGCGCCACAAAGACGGUCAAGAAGGUCGCAUCCAACCAGAAGCUCUUCGUCCCGCCGGAGCCGUCGUCCGACGACGUCAAAGACCUUGAGCCGCCCAAGAAGGAGUUUGCCAGCGGAACACAGUAUGCCAAAGAGUACCAAGAGAAGGAACUGGCGAUGCUGAAGCAGACGGACCCAGUGGACCGUCCGGGCCCAUCGAGGGGUGCUGGUGACGCAGCGGGCGACGAGCUCACCGCGGUGGCAGGGUCGCAGGCCAACCAGUUCUCCGCCCUGUCGGACCUGGUGGUGGAGAGCACCCAGCAGGUUUACGCCACCUACUGCCAGCGGGCGCACGUGCCAAACAUGGACCUUCCGAUCAUGGAAUGCAAAGAAGACAUACUGCGGAUGGUGGAGACAUACUCGGUGGUGGUCAUCCGGGGCACCACGGGUUGCGGCAAGACGACACAGGUGCCCCAGUUCGUGCUGGACCACUGCGCCUCCACGGGCACCCACUGCAACAUCGUGGUGACACAGCCGCGUCGGAUUGCGGCUAUCAGCGUGGCGCACCGCGUCUGCCAGGAGCGCCACUGGACGCUCGGCAGUAUCGUCGGAUACCAGGUCGGCAUGGACAACCAGACGUCCAAUGACACGCGGCUGUCGUACGUGACAACGGGCGUGCUGCUAGAGAAGCUCAUCGCCAAGAAGGACAUGAAUGAUUACACGCACGUGAUUAUUGACGAGGUGCACGAACGAGACCAGGAAACGGACUUCCUCUUGCUCGUGGCACGCAGAUUUCUGCGGACCAACUCUCGUGGCGUCAAGAUCAUCCUCAUGUCGGCCACAAUCAACGUGGACUACUUUGCGGAGUACUUUUCCACGGCCCUGUUGGACCAGCUGGAGCCAGCCCCCAUCAUCGAGAUUCCAGGCAAGAUGAAGGAGGUCCGGGAGUACUACAUCGACAGCCUGCGCACCCUGGGCGAGCUUCCAGAAUUUGAUCCGUGUGACCCCUGCAUCGCGCCGGAGUCGUUUCGCAUCGCCCACCGUCUGAUCAAGAUCUUCGACAGGAUCGAAGCCAUGGAGCAAAAUGUGGAUAUGAACAAGGAGAGGUUUGCUCCGAGCCGAGGUGCUGUCCUAGUCUUCCUUCCCGGCUACGAAGAGAUCUCCAUGUUCACUGACAUGCUUCGGGACGACUGCAUUUCGCUGAGAUGGACAGUGCUGCCGCUUCACUCCACAGUGACUCAACAGGAACAGCAGUCAGUCUUUCUGGCUCCUCCCAAGGGUCACCGCAAGAUCAUCCUUUCAACCAACAUUGCGGAGAGCUCCAUCACCGUUCCCGACAUCAAGUAUGUUGUGGACUUUUGCCUGACCAAGUGCCUGGUGUGUGACCCGGAGACCAAAUACUCGUGCCUCAAGAUGGAGUGGGCAUCAAAGGCCAACUGCAAGCAGAGGCAAGGUCGUGCCGGUCGUGUGUCCGAGGGUCGGCUCUACCGCAUGAUACCCGAGAGCUUCUACCAGAACCAACUGCCCGAAUACGGCAUCCCCGAAAUGCAGCGUUGCCCGUUGGAGCUGACGGUGCUGAAGGUGAAGAAACUGGCGCUGGACGAGCCUCGGGCCAUGCUGGGCCUCUGUCUGGAUCCGCCGGACUUGGGCGACAUCGAGCGGGCCAUUCUGGUCCUCAAGGAGGUGAGUGCCUUGACGACGGUGAUUGGCGGCACCUUCUACCAGUACGAUGGCGAGCUGACAUUUGUGGGUAAGGUGAUGGCCCAACUGCCCAUGGACGUCUGCCUCAGCAAGAUGAUCCUGCUGGGCUUUGUCUUUGGUGUCAUGGAAGACUGCAUCAUCAUGGCGGCUUGCCUCUCCAUCCAGUCCAUGUUCUCGAGGCCAUUCCAGAAGCUGCUUGAAGCGUACAAAUCUCGCAUGGCGUGGGCCGAGGGAUCCUUCAGCGACUGCUUGGCCAUGCUGAAGGCCUACAAGGUGUGGCAGGACAUGCGGAUGCAGGGGGCGUUCUCGAGGCGCGGGGGCCUCAACGAGCGUGAGUGGGCCUCGCGCAACUUCCUCCAGUACAAGCGGCUCCUCGAGGUGGAGCAGCUGGUCCAGGAGAUCCAGAUGCGCCUUGUCAAGUUCAACAUCCACUGCCUGGACCGGCCCAACCGGGCCCCGCUCAACCCGGACCAGCACCUCAUCAUUCUCCGGAUGGUGAUCUGCGGUGCGUUCUACCCCAACUACUUCUACCAAGAGGACCUGGACGAAGCGGCCUGCUGCCGGGGCCUGAUGACCGACCCACUGUGCACGGUCAUCCUGAAUGGGAUCCCUCAGAACCAGGGUAUCCUGUACGAUCAUGCCAUCCGCUCCCUGCUCGCCCCGUGCAGCAGCCGCAUGAAAAUUGUCUUCGAGGAGUCGCGUGCCGCCGUCGAGUUCCUGCAGAAGGAGCGCCGUGACGGUGUUUUGCCUGCCGUCUACACGGCUGUCAAGAUGCGCCAGCUGCGCAUGCCCCUCGAGCUGUCCCUGUUCCGGCCCGAGGACGCCAAGGAGAAGCUCGAGCGGCUGCACAGGCUCAGGGACGGCGCUGACGGCAACGGUGGUGACGGCGAGAGGCGGCUCAAGUCGAACCG